AUGAUGUUCGAGAGCGCCGACAUCAACAUGCUGCGGCUGCUGGAGACCUUCCUGAAGAGCGCGCCCCAGCUCGUGCUGCAGCUCAGCAUCAUGGUGCAGCAGAACAGCAUCGAGCCCCUCCAGGGUCUCUCGGCCUCGGCCUCACUAGUGUCGCUGGCCUGGAUGAUCGCCUCGUACCAGAAGGUGCUGCGGGACUCGCGGGAGGACAAGCGGCCCAUGUCCUACAAGGGGGCGGUGGUGCAGAUCUUGUGGCACCUCUUCACCAUCGCCGCCCGCGCCAUCGCCUUCGCGCUCUUCGCCUCCGUGUUCCAGCUCUACUUCGGCAUCUUCAUCGUCACCCACUGGUGCAUCAUGACCUUCUGGAUUAUCCAGGGUGAGACCGACUUCUGCAUGUCCAAGUGGGAGGAGAUCAUCUACAACAUGGUGGUCGGCAUCAUCUACAUCUUCUGCUGGUUCAACGUCAAGGAGGGCCGGAGCCGGUACCGCAUGGCCAUCUACUACUUCAUCACGCUGGCCGAGAACGCGGCCCUCACCACCCUCUGGUUCCUCUACUACAACCGCGAGGCCACCUCGGACUUCAACGCCUUGCUCAUCGUCUGCGUCGUGGUGGCCAGCUUCGCCCUUGGCAUCUUCUUCAUGUUCAUCUACUACUGCCUCUUGCACCCCAACGGCCCCGUCUUCGGCCCCCAGGCCACGGGCUGCAUCUUCCACGAGGCACCCGCCACCUGCGCGGGGCCGCCCGCGGACGUGGUCACCAGCCCCCCGCGCUCCCUGCCGCGGACUACAGGGGGGGAGCGGGAGGGGGUGCCGGGGGACAGAGACAGCUGCGUGCCUGUGUUUCAGGUCCGGCCCAGCGUGCCCCCGACGCCCGUGGCCCGCACCCCACGGACAGAAGGGCCCGUCAUCCGCAUAGACCUGCCCCGCAAGAAGUACCCGGCCUGGGACGCUCAUUUCAUUGACCGGCGGCUCCGUAAGACCAUCCUGGCGCUGGAGUACUCGUCUCCGGCCACGCCGCGCCUGCAGUACCGCACCAUGGGCACCUCCCAGGAGCUGCUGGAGUACGAGACCACAGUGUAGGGCCGUAGGACACCUGCCCCCGCCGAGGGGGCUGAGCCCACGGUGCAUUUGCGGAGGCCUUGGGGCACAGAGCCCAGAGGCAGCCAGGCUGUGCCCAGUCCCCCGCAGCACGGCACGGCACGGCACGGCACGGCACGGCACGGCACGGCACAGGGGGGAAGUGUUGGUGCCCUGGAGCAGGCCAGUCCCAUUUCUUCUCAGCAUUUUGCCUUUUUUGUUCGUUAGCACUGACAGCCCUAUUCGCCUCCUGCUCUGCACCCCCGCUGGGGGCAGCGAGGGCAACUGGUGCUAUUCCCCCACCCGCCUCAAUGCGCUCCCCUCCCCUGCGGUGCCACGGCCACGUUUUCCACCCCUGGCAGCCUCGCCAGAUACCCCGUUCCCUGCCAUCGGGCUACGUCCGCCCUGGGUGGGGGGGGGUGGUCACUGCUGAAAUACCUCACCUGCACCUGAGCCCAAAUAGCCACAGUCUUCGGAGCGCCUGCCCGAGCUCCUGGCGAGGGGUUGGGACAGGGAGCUGGCAGCCCAGGAGGGAAAUGCUCAGGCCCCAGCUUCAGCAACCAGCCUCAGGAUGAGGCUUGGCUAGAGCCGAGGGCAGUGUGGGGGCCAGGAGCAGUGUGUGCGCCGGCGUUGACUGGGUGCAUGGUGCUGUGGGCAGCUUUGGGGUGGGUGAGAUGUGCCUGCAGGUGCUGGUGCUGGCAUGCCCUAGGGCCAGGGGUGCUGUGGCAAGUGGGCACAUUGCAGUGGGGUCAAGGGUGGGUAUUACUCCAACAUUUCCCAGCUCUGGGCUCCUCCAGGGCAGGGUGGGGACAAGGUCAG